AAAAAAAAUAAAAAUAGGAGACACUUCCUCUGAACAAUAAAAGUCCUACCAACGGCGUAGUUUGCCACUGGCAUCCGUUCGUUCCCGACGUGUUCACAUUCUGCUGCAGCCAGUCGAAACAGUACAGUAUUUUGGAGCAAUUUUGUUUUCUAGUGUUGUGUUCAACAGACCAGACAGGGAAAAUAGUUUGGUUCAGAGAAUAGGUACUUGUGCUAAGGAGGGCUGCCAGAAUAUGGAGAAAAUUAUUCAAAGCAAAGAUGUUGAAAAAUUCAUCUCAGAAACCAAGUACUUCCUGGACGAGUUCGAUUCGAUCAUCAGCCACUGGGACUUGUCGGGUAACUUCUUCCUGCACUACUUGAUCGAGAUCCACGAAAAUGUGACGCAGCUACUGUCCAAGUUCACCACACUGUCGCUGGAGGGCGUGGGCGGGCGGAAACAUGUCAACUUCUUCAAUCUACAGUGUUGCGGGCAAGAGUUUCACAGCGUCAAGGACCUGAGGCUACAUCACCACUCGUGCCGCCAUAAGAAGUCACAUUUCGAGGAAACAGACAACUGCGAGCUUAAAUCGGCUCUAGUGAAACUAGCAUUCUUCAACCGAAGAGUCAACGAAUACGUGCAGUACGGAACGGUCGCCGAUCGUUAUCUGUGUCUGUAUCUGAAGAAGAUCCUGAAGAAGAUAAUGAUCACGUUGGACACGUUUGCAUUGUAGAGAUAUUCCAUUUAUAGCUAUUAAGAUUGUAUGUAUGAAUGCGAUGGAACGAACGGAUUGUAACAGUAUGCCAAACACGUGUUUUACCUAUUAAAGUAAGCUUAAACAAUUACAACCUUAA